AUGUUGACAAACAAAGUGUUCAUGAAAAAAACCAAACGUGGUAACAUUCUAAAGAUUGUUCGUGAGCACUAUCUGCGUGACGAUAUCUGGUGCGGAUCCGAAGCGUGCUUAGUAUGCCCGCUGGAAGAAAACGGUGCCCCGCUGGAGGCAACACCGGAAACGGUGAGCGAAAAGUACACCUUCCCGCACUACUUGCUGCUCGAUACGAACGUGGUGCUGUACCAGAUGGACUUGCUGGAGGAAGGCGCUAUUCGGAAUGUGAUCAUACUCCACACCGUGCUGGAUGAGGUGAAGCACCGCAGUGCGGUGGUCUAUAAGCGGCUGAGAGCUAUACUUUCGAAUCCGGCACGAAAGUUCUACACGUUCGUCAACGAACACCACAAGGAUACGUACGUCGAGCGUAUGCCCGGUGAGUCGGCAAACGAUCGCAACGACCGGAUGAUCCGCACGGCGGCUGCUUGGUACGGUACACAUUUGCAAGGAAAGCAAGGCAAAAAGGCUCAGAAACAAAACGUACGCAUUGUGUUGCUGUCGGAUGAUGCGGAUAAUAGAGCAAAAGCGAUUGAAAUAGGACUAAAUGCUUGUUCCGUCGCGGAGUACAUGAAGGCGGCCAAAGGGCAGUACAGCCAUCUGUUGGACAAGAUCUCCCAGCGGGACUCCGUGAGCGAAUCGAAGGAUCCGUUGUUCCCUUCGCAUCUCACGAUGACACAAAUACACCAGGGCAUUAAAAACAACGGUUUACUACAGGGUGCAUUUUUAGCUUCACGGGAAAACUACCUCGAAGGGUACGUGCGCGUGGAAGGAACGGAAAAACCGAUCCUUAUUCAGGGUCGGCUGAAUCUGAACCGUGCCGUCGACGGGGACGUGGUUGCGAUCGAAAUGCUUCCCGAGAGCGAAUGGAAGGCACCGAGCGACGUAGUGCUGGUGGACGAGCAGAACGACCCAGGCGAUAUGAUCGAACCGGAUCCAACGUUCAGCACGAAAGCGCAAACGGAACGUGAACCCACCGCGAAAGUGGUCGGUAUUAUCAAGCGCAAAUGGCGCCAGUACUGUGGCAUUUUGCUGCCAAGCCACAUCCCGGGUUCGACGCGUCACAUUUUCGUUCCCGCUGAGCGAAAGAUUCCUCGCAUUCGUAUCGAAACGCGCCAAGCAGCGACAUUACUGUCUCAACGCAUCAUAGUAGCAAUCGACCAAUGGCCAAGACACUCGCGCUACCCACAAGGACACUUUGUACGGGCACUUGGCCCAAUCGGUUCGAAGGAAACGGAAAAUGAAGUGAUCCUGCUGGAACACGACGUCCCACACAAUCGCUUCUCGGAGGAUGUGCUCGCUUGUCUGCCACAGCUGCCUUGGCUCAUUACGGACGAGGAUCUGAAACGGCGCGUUGAUUUGCGUGGCAUCACGAUCUGUUCGGUGGAUCCGCCCGGUUGUACGGACAUUGAUGAUGCGCUGCAUGCUCGGAAGCUUCCAAACGGCCAUAUCGAAGUGGGUGUCCACAUUGCGGACGUGAGUCACUUCAUUCGGCCAGGUAAUGCGCUCGAUCGAGAAGCUGCAAGCCGUGCAACGACGGUGUACCUUGUGGAUAAGCGAAUCGACAUGGUUCCGGAACUGCUCAGCUCCAACCUAUGCUCGCUUCGUGGCGGUGAAGAACGCUUUGCUUUCUCCUGCGUGUGGGAGCUGGACGAAGAGGCAAAUAUCGUGCACACGAAGUGCCACAAGAGCGUAAUUAAAUCGAAAAGUGCGCUCACGUACGAGCAAGCCCAAAUCAUUAUCGAUGAUCCCCGGCAAACGAACGAGGUGGCCGUAUCGCUGCGUUUGCUCAACAAACUCGCAAAAAUACUGAAACGACGGCGCACGGAAAACGGUGCCCUGGUGCUGGCUUCACCCGAGAUUCGCUUCCAAGUGGACAGCGAAACGCACGAUCCGAUCGACGUGAAAGCGAAACAGAUGCUGGAAACGAACUCCAUGGUCGAGGAGUUUAUGUUGCUCGCGAACGUGUCCGUGGCAGAAAAGAUCGAAAAGGAGUUCCCCGAGUGUGCGAUGCUCCGGCGGCAUCCUUGUCCGCCCCAAUCCAACUACGAACCGCUGGUGAAAGCGGCCCAACAUCAGGGUUUCGAGAUUUUAACGAUGAGUGGGAAGGAACUCGCCACCAGCCUGGAUAAUGCCGUGAAACCAGACAAUCCGUACUUUAACACCAUGCUACGGAUAUUGGCUACACGCUGCAUGAUGCAGGCGGUUUACUUUAUCAGUGGCACGUUGCAGAAGGAGGAAUUUUUCCACUACGGAUUGGCCGCUCCCAUCUACACCCACUUUACGUCGCCUAUUCGACGGUACGCCGAUAUCAUCGUGCACCGGUUGUUGGCAGCGUGUAUCGGUGCGGAUUCAACCUACCCGGAGCUGCUGGACAAGAAGGCCAACUCGAAUCUGUGCAACAACCUGAACUAUCGCAACCGGAUGGCACAAUACGCGGGUCGAGCGUCGGUUGCCCUUCACACGCAUUUGUUCUUCCGCAAGCGCUCGGAGGACGAGCAGGCGUACAUUUUGUUUAUUCGCAAAAACGCCCUCCAGAUACUGGUUCCCAAGUAUGGUUUCGAGGGCACAAUCUAUGUGACCGGGCGGAACAACGAGGAAAUCAAGACGGGCAUCCGGUUCGUGUACGAUGAGGUACAGCAGACGCAACGCUGCGGUAGUGUCCUGUUCAAAGCGUUCGAUCCGGUUGUCGUACGGUUGAGCCUGGAUUCGACCAACGUACAGCACGAGAAGCUCGUGUUUGAGCUGGUGGAACCGUACAUCGAAGGGUUCAGUGUGAAAUCGGAAGGUGCGGAAGCGACGGAACCGCCCAAGCGGAAAGUCACCCAGGAAGUGGUGAAACCGAACAAGAACAAAAAGGCAAAGAAACAUAAUGGGUAA